AUGCAUCAGACAACAGUCAAGAGUAUCAAGUUCGGGUCAGGUUCAUUGUCAGCAUCUUCUUCCACUACUUCGUUGUCGUCCUCAGCUUCGUCUUCGUACACUUCAACGGUGCCUUCGCAACAGCAGCUGCAAAAGCUGUUGUCUAGAACGGCAACGACACCUCCAGCUAGCACUAAUGAUACUAAUAGCACCGGCACUGGCGCCACUACAACUACUUCACACCAUCAUCACCACUACCAUCAUCUCAACGGUAAUAGAGCCAACGGAAACGGCCCCUUUGCCGAAAAAAAUGUCGAGAAGCACACAAACGGCCAUGUUGUGCACCUGAACAGCCCCCAACUGCAAAGCGCUUCUGUUGAACACCACCACCAUUACCACCACCAUCAUCAUCACCAUGCAACGCCAACGUCAUCUUCGAUUUUCCCCACCACGUCGAGCUUGCGUGAUAUCUUGUCGCUUGUUUUCAUUAUGCUUGCCUUGCCUCAAUCCUUUUCCUUGGUCUGUUGCAUCGUUUACUUGAUGUUGGGCUCAAAUUUCAUGGGAGGAAGGUUUUUGAUCAACUACUUGUUGCCCAAGGAACAUCGAUUCAUUUAUCGAGGAUUGAAAGAUAUGUCUUUUUCUGCGCUCAAGAUUACCAUCAUUGACUCCAUCAUUUACUUGACAUUAACACGGUUCCUUAGAAAGAAAAACUACUUCAACUAUUUCAUUCUUUUGUCCAAGUCGAUUGUACUGAGCGAGUUGAUUGGCUCCUCCUCGAUCAACUAUAUCAGCUCCAUUUCCAGCAAAAAAAUCAUCACCAAGAUCCAAUACGACGAUAAGAACAAGAUGUUUUUCAACAAUAACCUUGUCAAUGCCUUGUUUUGCUUUAUAAUCAUCAACUACAUCAACUAUAUACUAAAUUGGUUCCAGUUCUCCUCCAUGCAUCUAGAUAUUUCGCCAUCAGCCACUGAUCAUGUCACGUUUUCCCAGAUUCUACAAAAUAGAAUCUUGCCGAUUAAUCUAUCGUAUAUCAACAAUUUCAACUUUCACGACUACAAGACUCAAGUUUAUUUAUUCUUAUCGAUACAUAUAAUCAAUCGAGCCAUCUUUACCAAGAAAUCAACAAUUAUACAAAACUCAGUGCCCAACAUUGGCAGCGGCGAUGAAGUUACCGUUAAUGUGGACCUGAAUAAACUUUUAGACAUUGAAAUUAAUAUCAAGCCGGGGGAAGAGUUUAAAAAUCACAAAAAUUGGAACUCGAUUGCUUUUAAAAAUUUCGAAAACUUUGUUGUUUCGCCGUUCAAUAGUAAACUCACCAAAUUGAAGAACAGAAUGCGAGCAUCUUCAAUUACAAAACCAAUCAUUGCGCCAAGAUCAAACCCGAAUAAUGCUGCUGCUUCUGCUUCUUCUGCUUCUUGUUCUUCUUCUGCUGGUGCUGCUGGUGCGGCUCAUACUUCUCCCACCACUUCCACUAAUACCACCACCACCACCACCACCACCACUACCACGACGUCGUCGUCGUCGCCAACUUCAAAGUCUUUGAUGACGACUACCAUUGCUCCAAAUGUAACCAUCAUUGAGAAUACAAUCAUUGUUCAGCCAUUCUGGUCCAUCAUUGCUGCUUGCAAGGCCAUGUUGAAGAACCCGAACCUAUUCAAUGGAGAACCAACCAAAAGCAGACACCAUACCACAGCACUCGACUCGGGAAAGGAUCGACAACAAGAAUCACCACACCAACAGCACCUGCCUAUGGCUGUUGUGGUGAUUGAUUCUACCAAAGUUGUGUUUAAAAUCUUGGCUAGCACAUUUGAUCAGAAUCUCUUUGUGAAAUUAAACAGCAUAGUUUGGUCAUGUUUCAAAAUCUUCACUCCUGAUGGUAAUGGUGGUGCCUCGUACCUCGCGAUUUAUGGGUUAACUCCACUUUUCCAGUAUGAAGUCGAGAUAUUCAGCAAAAACAAGCUUGUUAAUUACUUUCUCGUAAACACCACCAAUGAUAACAAUGAGAUCAGCAACCAGUCGUUGACUGAAAACUCGUCGUUGAUGACGUUGCAGACUUCGCUUGUCUCGACCAUGUCUCAAACCGAUCUUUUGAAACAAAAGUUGAAAAAAUUUAAAAAGGAUGAAAACAAAAAGAUUGCCGAUUUGCGAAACUCCAUUGAUGUGCUCAAGAACAAGAUUUCCAAAUACAACAGCACCAAGCCAGCAAAUGAGAACCGUGUCUUUGGUAAAAUUCAAGGUUUGAAGCAUUCGGUGAUUCAAUUGGAAAAUGAAAUUGACGCUGUUAAGAGUGAAAUCGGCGAGGCUCAGCAGCAGGAAGAAAAACUCAAGCAGGAUGUAUCCAUGAAGCAAGACUUGCAGAAUGAAGAAAUCAAGAACUUGGAAGAAGAGUAUGCCAAUCAUGAAGUGCGAAUCAAGGAAAUGAAAUCUCAACUUUCCAAGAUCAAGCAGGAUUCGAGCCAAUUUGCUUCCAAGUACCAGAAACUCCUUGUAAAGCAAACGGCUAAGCAAGAAGAAGUGAAGCAAGUGCAACAAGAGUUGAAGAAUUUGAAAAAGAAUGAAAUCUUGAAUAAGUUCACCAAGAGAAUCAAAAAGACCAAUGAAAAAUUUGAAACUAUUCUUCCAAAGAUCUUUCAUGAAACCGAGGCAUUAAAGGCCGAAUGUCGUCAAUUGUUACAAUCCAACGGUGAGCACGCUGAAAACGGGGAUGAGUAUGUACAUGUAUAG